AUGACGCUUCCACUUCCUGACGUCGAGUCUCUGGCAGACUGCGUUUCGUUCAACCAUGCCGUGCGACCAUUUCUGUCGCAAGUGGCUGCGCUCCCUGAACGUCUCCAGCCUGCGAUUGCAGCAAAAGAUGUAAAUGCUCUUAAGGACAUCUAUCUUUCCACCAAUCCGCUUGCGACCGCGCUUGCAUUUACUAUCUUCCUCUCUGUUCUCUUCAUCGUCUUCUCUGAGAUCAACCGCAACUACUCUCAGGUCGAUCGCUUCUGGUCUAUCCUCCCGUCCGUAUUCAACGUUCAUUUUGCUGUUUGGGCACGCCUUUCCGGCCUUCGUACUCUCAACUUGGAUACUAUCGCAGCUAUCUCCGUCAUAUGGAGCGUGCGCCUGACCUUCAACUACUGGCGUAGGGGUGGUUACAGUAUCGGCUCAGAGGAUUACCGCUGGUCUAUUAUCCGGUCCCGUGUUAACAACCGCUUCGCCUUCUUCCUCUUCAACAUCACCUUCAUCAGCGUGAUCCAGCCGCUCCUGCUACUCCUCCUCACGACCCCAACCUACAACUUCCUCCUCCUUGCGCGUCUUCCCGGCGGCGAAGCCUUCGAACUUCCCGACCUGAUCUUCUCCCGUGUCGCCUUGGUCUUCAUCAUUCUCGAGUUCUUUGCCGACCAGCAACAAUGGAGAUUCCAGAAUGCCAAGCACGAAUACAACACCUCCGCCAGGAUCCCCGGUAACCUUAAGGACCAGUAUGACCCUGAAGAUCUUGAGCGUGGCUUCGUCGUCAGCGGGUUGUGGUCGCUCUCCCGCCAUCCCAACUUUGCCGCGGAACAGGCCAUUUGGCUCACUCUUUACCUCUGGAACGCCUACCGAACUGAGCAUUAUGUCCAGUGGACUGCCCUAGGCGUCAUCGGCCUUAUGGCUAUCUUCCAAGGAAGCGUCCGCCUCACUGAGGAGAUCAGUGCUAGAAAGUACCCAGAGUACCAAGAAUACCAGGCUCGCGUCGGAAGAUUCAUUCCUCGUCUAUCUAUUACGCCUAGGUACAAAGGCAACAAGAACAAGAAGAGGGUUGCUCACGGCAAGAAAGAGGAGUAAAUAUGCAUAUUAUCCGUUAUAUCUAACGAUUUUAACUCUCCCUGGUUGGAAACGCAUACUUCGCUUCUUUUACAUGGGUGCA